AAAGGUAGUAGAAGUAAAAAAUGGAAACAAAACUUUUGUAAAUAAGGAGGGGAUGAGGGGUUAAAGGGAGCAGAAGGAAGUGGGGCCAAAAGAAGAAUCAAGAUAUAUUAUGUGCAGGUACUAAUUUCCUAUGAUGACUGAUCAUUAUGUAUAUUUAAAACAUACCAAGGAAAUUAAUUUCUAAAGGAUGUGGAAUGAUCUAAGACUGCUGACAGUUACAAACAGGAAUCUUGAGUAGCCAUAAAAUGUUUUUAAGAAAAAAAAAAAGAACAACCAUGAAUCUCACAUUCAGAACAACUGGGCUCAAAAUGUCAAUGGACUUCAUUUUCAGAGCUUGAAAAACAGGAUGGCAAUAUUCAUGUUUCAAAUUACCAAGGAAGAAUGUCUUCCUGUUCUUGCUUUUUCUCUUCUUUUCCUCCUCCUUCUCCUUCAUCCUCCUCUCUUUUUUCUUUUCCUCUCCUUCUCCUCUUCUCUGUCCCACUCUCCCUCCCUCUCUUCUCUUUUACCUUCAAAUCAGACCAGGGAAUAGGUUUGUACACUUACCUGUGUCACAAUUGAGGCAUAAACACAUCAAAGAAUAAUUGGCCAUGAAUCAUUUUGCAUAUCAACCCCUGUCCUUCUGUUCAAAGAUGUCAGUGUUUAAUGUUUCCUCAGACUGAAAGAAAAGGGGAGCUAUUGAAGCAUCUCAUAGAAGCAGGUCAUGAUUUGACUUGCGAAAUUUGACUCUGGAGACUGUAUAACUGUGUUGGGAGUGUAGGCAAUAUGAAAGUUACCUGAAAAGGCUCAUUCUCAUCUCUAUGUUACUUAGUAGGAGACAUGAUCUUACAUAAUGGAGGACGAACACUCAGCAAUCAAGCUGCAACCCAAGGUAGAUUUGAGAAAGUCAGAAGAAGAAAGAAAUGAGGACCCUCUGAGGCUUUGGCCAGGACAGUGAUGGAACAGGGUGUGAUGUCAGCCAAGGAUGCCAGCAAGGAAAGGAAAGGCUGAGACCCAUGAUGUGUAGGACAAUUUGGGUUAGUUCCCCAAUAUGCACAGCCUUUCUACCAUGCCUGACAAGUUUCUAAGCAAUUCUCAGAUAAUCCCCUAUCACAAAAAGGCCCAGGCUUUCCCUGUCACCUCUAUCUGUCCCUCAUCUCCCAGCUUUCUCUCUUCUCUGGCCCCUGGAAUCUCUGUCUCAAGACAGUGCUCCUAUGAGCGUUCUUAUUCACCGUAGGGUGGUAAUUUUGUGAUCCUGAAUACAUGCUUUGCACCCUCAAUCCAGGGACAGCAUUGAAUUUUGCCUCUCUCACAUAUCUGGCAAAAUAGAACUGGGUGUGCUUAGGGAAGAAUAUUUCAUUUUCAAGUUUUGAGAAGAUUUUUUUUUCUUUUCAUGAUAAAAUGAGCACCAGAGAAGAACAAACGGAGAAUGGAACAUUUAAGCAAGGGUUGCCAACACUGAUAUAAAACUGGAAGAUGCCUACACUUGAAGGGAGGAGCCUCUGCUUCCAAGUGCUUCCCAAGGUUCUUGACACCAGUACCAGCCCAUUCACUCCAAGUGGUCAAAAUCCAGAUGAACAGAUCAAGCAUGUCUCCCUGGCUACAGUUUGAAAAGUCAUCAUGACUUGCCUUCUGUUGUAAACAGUGUCAAUAUGAUGAGACUGGGUCCCUUUGCCAGUCACGGCUUUUGCAUGAUUGCUCAGCCCUCACUAUUAUAAGGAUCUGGACUUUGUGAACCACACAGCUGCUAAGAAGAUGUGAGUGAAUCUGAUUCCAGAAAGGAUGUCUUAAUAUUUCAUCUUGCAGUUCUCCAUUCCUCCCUCCCUUCAGUUCCUCUCUGCUUGGCCAAGAGAGCAGAACUCCAGAGAUGAAAUUGCCUUGUUAUAAUCUUACUGCCCUAGAAUUGACAAGGGAAGAAGCAAAAAAGAAUGAGAAAAGAGGAAGAAAAGGACAAGGAGAAGGAGUUCGGGUUCAACACGGUAGCAGCAGCCAUGUUGCUACAGUGCUGCCCAGUGCUUGCCCGGACUCCCACUGGCCUCCUGGGCAAACUGAUGAAGACUCAUCAGUUCCUGUUUCGUAUUGGACACUGUCCCAUCCUAGCCACCCAAGGACCAACCUAUUCUCAAAUCCACCUUAAGGCAACUAAGGCUGGAGGGGAUUCUCCAUCUUGGGCCAAGGGCCACUGUCCCUUCAUGCUGUCAGAACUGCAGGAUGGAAAGAGCAAGAUUGUGCAGAAAGCAGCCCCAGAAGUCCAAGAAGAUGUGAAAAUUUUCAAGACAGACUUGCCAAGCUCCCUGGACUCAACUAGACAGAAGCCGUUCUCUGAUCCUCAGGAUGCAGAACAGACUUCAGGGAUGCUCUCACAUCUGAUUCAGAACAAUAUGGUUGGAAACCAUGCUUUUGAUUAUGACCAGUUUUUCAGGAACAAGAUCUUGGAGAAGAAACAGGACCACACAUACCGUGUGUUCAAGACUGUGAACCGCUGGGCUGAUGCAUACCCUUUUGCCCAACACUUCCCUGAGGCAUUUGUAGCCUCCAAGGAUGUGUCUGUCUGGUGUAGUAAUGACUACCUGGGCAUGAGCCGGCACUCUCGGGUCUUGCAGGCCACACAGGAGACUCUGCAGCGUCAUGGAGCUGGAGCUGGUGGUACCCGCAACAUCUCAGGUACCAGUAAGUUUCAUGUGGAGCUUGAGCAGGAGCUAGCUGAACUUCACCAGAAGGAUUCAGCUCUGCUUUUCUCCUCCUGUUUCGUGGCCAAUGACUCUACACUCUUUACCUUGGCCAAGACCCUUCCAGGGUGUGAAAUUUACUCAGAUGCAGGCAACCAUGCUUCCAUGAUCCAAGGUAUUCGCAACAGUGGUGCCACCAAGUUUGUCUUCAGGCACAAUGACCCUGACCACCUGAAGAAACUUCUAGAGAAGUCCAACCCUAAGAUACCCAAAAUUGUGGCCUUUGAGACUGUUCACUCCAUGGAUGGUGCCAUCUGUCCCCUUGAGGAGUUGUGUGAUGUUGCCCACCAUUAUGGAGCCCUGACUUUUGUGGAUGAAGUCCAUGCUGUGGGACUGUAUGGGUCUCGGGGUGCUGGGAUUGGAGAACGUGAUGGAAUUAUGCACAAGAUUGAUAUUGUCUCUGGAACUCUUGGCAAAGCCUUUGGCUGUGUAGGCGGCUAUAUUGCCAGCACUUGUGACUUGGUGGACAUGGUGCGCUCCUAUGCUGCUGGCUUCAUCUUCACCACUUCACUGCCCCCCAUGGUGCUUUCUGGGGCUUUAGAAUCUGUGCGUGUGCUCAAGGGAGAGGAGGGCCAAGCCCUGAGGCGAGCCCACCAGCGCAACGUCAAGCACAUGCGCCAGCUACUAAUGGACAGGGGCCUUCCUGUCAUCCCCUGCCCCAGCCAUAUCAUUCCUAUCCGGGUGGGUAAUGCAGAACUCAACAGCAAGAUCUGUGAUCUCCUGCUCUCCAAGCAUGGUAUCUAUGUGCAGGCCAUCAACUAUCCAACUGUUCCCCGUGGUGAGGAGCUUCUACGUCUGGCACCCUCUCCCCACCACAGCCCUCAGAUGAUGGAAGAUUUUAUUGAUAAGUUGCUGGCAGUCUGGACUGAGGUGGGGCUGCCCCUCCAGGAUGUGUCUGUGGCUGCCUGCAAUUUCUGUCACCGUCCUGUGCACUUUGAGCUCAUGAGUGAGUGGGAACGCUCCUACUUUGGGAAUAUGGGACCCCAAUAUGUUACCACCUAUGCCUGAGAAGCCAGCUGCCUCAGAUGCUUGUCCCACCUGCACUUCACUUGGGGCUGGGCCUCCUCCUGUCCUCUGCUUUGUUGUGUGCCUCUAGCUGAUUUGAAUCUAAAAAUAAAGAGCAAAUUGCAGCAUUUGUCACC